AUGCAGGCUUUUCGACGUAACACGUUCUCUGCCCUGCGUAGGGUCGCUGCCACGCAGCGUCGGGGAUACUCCUCUGCAUAUAACGACACCAUCAACAACCUUCGAAUCAACAGCGACACGAAGGUCAUCUACCAGGGUUUCACCGGAAAACAGGGAACGUUCCAUGCGGAACAAGCCAUUGCCUAUGGAACGAAGAUUGUCGGCGGUACCAACCCCAAGAAGGCUGGUACGCUGCACUUGGAUCGGCCCGUGUUUGCUACGGUCGAGGAAGCUGUCAAGGAGACUGGAGCCACGGCUUCUGCUAUCUUUGUUCCACCUUCAUUGGCGGCCAAAAGUAUUGAGGAGGCCGUCGCGGCCGAAGUUCCUCUGGUUGUUUGCAUUACCGAAGGAAUCCCUCAGCACGACAUGGUCCGCAUCACGGAUAUCCUGAAGACCCAAAACAAGACCCGUCUGGUCGGACCGAACUGUCCCGGUAUCAUCGCUCCUGAACAAUGCAAGAUCGGUAUCAUGCCCGGCUUCAUCCACAAGCGCGGCCGCAUUGGUAUCGUUUCUCGCUCUGGUACCUUGACGUACGAGGCUGUCAACCAGACUACCCAGGCCGGUCUCGGUCAGUCGCUUGUGGUCGGAAUCGGUGGUGAUCCCUUCCCCGGCACCAACUUCAUUGACUGUCUCCGCAUCUUCCUUGAAGACCCAGAAACCGACGGUAUUAUCCUGAUCGGUGAAAUCGGAGGUAGCGCGGAGGAGGAUGCUGCCGAAUUCUUCAAGGCAUACAACAGACACAACAAGCCAGCCGUCGGUUUUAUCGCUGGUAUCAGCGCGCCACCGGGUCGCCGCAUGGGUCACGCCGGUGCCAUCGUUAGCGGUGGUAAGGGAGGCGCCGACUCGAAGAUCUCUGCCCUUGAGAGUGCUGGCGUCAUUGUGGAGCGCAGCCCCGCUGCUCUUGGAAAGACCCUGCUCGCAGAAUUCGUGAAGAGAGACCUGGUCUAA